AUGCGAUCCCAACUAGUCCUCGUCCUUGGUCUUGUGGCUCUCGUGGCGUCUGCUUACGGGGCAACCUCCUCGAAUUCGACAACAUCAACUCCUUCAAAUUCGACCUCCUCGGCAACUUCAACUCCCUCGAAUUCGACUUCCUCGGCAACUUCAACACCUUCGAAUUCGACUUCCACAACUUCAACUCCUUCAAGUUCGACGACCACACCAACUGCAUCGACCUCGCCAACUUCAUCCAGUACGACCAGUGACACGACCUCCAGCGAGGUAAAGAAGCUGGAGAAGAAGCUUCGCAGGGAGCGCAGGUUGAGGCGCCAACUGAGACGUCGUUUGAGGCGUCAGGAGACUCGCCAAAAGAAUCAGCAAAAAAGGCGCCAGGCGAGGCUUGCUGCAAAGAAGCGCACCCGUCGGGCUCCAGCCACACCAGCAGCUCCAGCCACUCCAUCAGCUCCAGCCACACCAUCAACUCCGCCGACCUCCCCGUCGACUUCACCAACCGCACCAGCGACUCCGCCAACCACACCGUCGACCUCGCCAACCACACCACCGGCUUCUCCAGCCACACCAACCUCGCCCACUACUCCGACCUCGCCCGCCACCCCAAGCACCUCGCCGACGUCACCAGCAACCCCGGCUUCGCCAAGUAGCCCUUCCACGCCGCCCUCUUCGCCCAUUGAUUCCCCCACUCCCAGUGACUCCCCCACUCCCAGUGAUUCCCCCACUUCCGUUGACAGUAACUCCAGCACCGCCCAGGACCUGGCCAGGGCGCAGCGCCAGGUUCGCAGGCUUAGGAAUCAGGUGAAGCAGGCCAGACGUCAGGAGCGCAGAAGUCGCCAGCAGGUUCGACAGAUUAGGCGCCAAUCGGGACGUCGUCAAAGGCGGCAAAACCAGCGUGGAUCCCGUCAGCGCCGGGGUUGA